AUGGCUCUGUCUAGUUGCCGUCUGUUGAGAGGCAAAACUGCCGCCAUCACGGGAGGCACAACUGGUAUCGGUCGUGCGAUUACUUUGGAAUACCUCAGACAGGGAGCCAAUGUCGCUGUAAAUCAUCUGGGCCUGCCCCAAGACGAGAAGCACCGACACAGUCUAUUAGAGGAGGCGGAAAGUAUCGCAAAAGCUGGCACCAAAGAUCAACCGACUGGCCAGCUGAUAGAGCUUGCUGGAGACGUCACCAACCCUAAGACAGGCAAAGCUCUUGUCAGUGCAGCAGUCAAGAAAUGGGGGGGACUUGACGUUUUUGUUGCCAAUGCAGGAAUUUUCAAAGCCGCGGAGUUUCUCACUCUGGAAAAGGAUGUCUUCGACAAAAGCAUGCAAGUCAACGUCAACGGUGCGUUCUACUCCUGCCAGGCGGCGGCCAACCAGAUGGUGAAGCAAGGACGCGGCGGAUCGAUCAUUGGAAUAUCGUCGAUCUCGGCCCUCGUCGGUGGCGGCCUACAAACACAUUACACACCCACAAAAGCCGCUGUAUUGUCCAUGAUACAGUCAAUGGCAAUUGCGUUGGCGAAAGACAAGGUUCGGUGUAAUGCAUUGUUGCCAGGCACGAUUCAUACACAACUGGCGGAGCCUGAUAUGCAGAACGAGGAAAAGCGCAAAUAUCUGCAGCAGCGCAUACCCAUGGGUGUUGGAAAGCCCCAAGAUUUGGCGGGGCCAGCAGUCUUCUUGGCCUGCCCGGAGCUGAGCGGAUUCAUGACGGGAUCUCAGGUGCUUGUUGACGGAGGAAUGUUUGUAAAUCUGCAGUAA